UUUGCAACUAUACAUUGCAGGCUGCAUGUGACCAACCUGCUUAAUUUCAUCAUCGGGUUAGGGUUUUUGCAGUUCCUUCAUUUCGAAACCCUCCUGGAUUCACAUUCACGAUCUCUUUCUAUCCUAAAUUUCACGCAAUGGGGAGCAAAGGCCGCAUGCCGCCGCCCCCUCACCUGCGGCGGCCGCACCCGCAGCACCCCGCCGCAAUGCCGCACCCGCUCGUGGUGCCGUUUGAUUUUCUCCCUCCGCCUCAGGUGAUGGAGCAGAAGCUGGCGUCGCAGCACGCGGAGAUGCAGCGCCUGUCGACAGAGAACCAGCGCCUGGCCGCGACGCACAGUGUGCUGCGGCAGGAGCUGGCGGCGGCGCAGCAUGAGAUGCAGAUGCUUCACGGGCACGUGGUGGCGCUGAAGGGGGAGCGGGAGCAGCAGAUUCGUGCGCAGAUGGAGAAGAUCGCGAAGAUGGAAAGCGAGGCGCAGGGCUCGGAGAGCGUGAAGAUGGAGCUGCAGCAGGUGCGUGGGGAGGCACAGAACCUUGUUGUGUCGAGGGAUGAACUUGUUUCCAAAGCGCAGCACUUGACUCAGGAGCUUCAGAGGGUCCAUGCUGAUGCUGUUCAGAUUCCUGCUCUUAUCUCUGAGUUUGAAUGCCUCAGACAGGAGUAUCAGCAUUGCAGGGCCACUUUUGACUAUGAAAAAAACUUAUACAAUGAUCACCUUGAGUCACUUCAGGUGAUGGAAAAGAACUAUGUUUCCAUGAGUAGGGAAGUGGAAAAACUUCGAGCAGAGCUCACAAACACUGCUAAUGUAGAUCGGAGAAGUAGUGGGCCAUAUGGUGGCACCUCUGGAACUAAUGAGAAUGAGGCUUCUGGUCUUCCUGUGGGACAAAAUGCAUAUGAAGAUGGUUAUUCUGUUAUGCAGGGACGAGGUCCCCUCCCAGCAGCUGCUGGCAGUGGCGGCGGCAACGCUACUACAAUUACUACUGCCGGAGGUCAACCUGGUCCAGCUCCUGCAGGAACUGGUUAUGAUGCUCCCAUAGGGCCUGGCUAUGGUGCAUCUACAGGUUCCACUUAUGAUGCACAAAGGGGUGCUACUUAUGACACUCAGAGGUUGACUGGUUCCAAUGCAUUUAGAGGAUCUGCUUAUGAUUCCAAGAGAGGUUCGGGGUAUGAUAUGCAGAGAGCACCUGCUUAUGAUGCACCUAGAGCUGCUGGCUAUGAUGCACAGUCAAGAGGGGUUGCUGGUCCUCAUGGACAUGCUCGGCCAAUGAACAAUAUGCCUUAUGGAUCCACAACACCGCCUGCUCGUAGUGGAGGUGGAUAUGAACCUGCUCGCGGUGUAAACCCUGCUAGGAGAUGAUGACCUUGAGUCUUGAGAGAAGCCAUUGAUGGCAAUCACAAAUCAAAUCAUUCAAAUCUGAAUGGUUGAAACUUCUGGUUGUCCUACCAUAAUUUAAUGUGCAUAGUGGACGAGGGAAAGAAAUGUUUAUUAAAUGCAUAGUCGAUAAUGAAAAAUACAUUCUCACUGCGUAUGAUUGUUGUACAUGAGUUUGGUAAAACAGGGUACAAUCUACCCCUACCGAUUAAUUGAGUACUUUUAUUUGGGAUAACUUAAUUUUCUCUCUCUUUUUUUUUUAA